AUGCGUAAUAAAUGUAUCAUCUAACCCCCAUGGAUAAGAUAUGUUCUAAUGUCUAAAGUUGUCCCCAAAAUAAUUAUACAUUCUCCAAGCUUAUUGUUGUCCUUCUCCAAAGUCCCCUCGCCCAACAAUUUUUCACAAAACCAAAGAAAAGGAAGAAGAAAAAUAUGAGCGAUGUUCUAAGCCCCUUCACAGUGUCACCCCCUCCUCCAUCAUCUUCCACCCCAAGCAACAAGAACGGCAUGCCGAUGUUGUACUAUGGCCUUGUUGUGGUUGGAACCGCAGCCAUAGUGCUUGCCAUAUACAACCUCAUCAUCAUCAAACGCUGCAACCGCCGCCGCAACGCGCCGGAUCAGUCUCCAACAACACCAAAUAAUAAUAAUAGGUUGAUUCAGGUGGUUGUUACUACAACUAAUUCCGGUGAAGGAGUUAGAAGCUUCGAAAACAAUAAUUACUAUGCAGCAUCGCAAAGGAACUACUUGCUCUCAAGUUUUAAGUACAAGAAAGAAAAAAUGACAUCAGCAACAUCAAAGGAAGGUUCUUUUGUUUUUGUUGAUGGUGGUAGCGAUGAGUGCCCUGUUUGUUUAUCAGUGUUUGAAGAAGGAGAGGAAGUGAGGAAGCUUCCAAGGUGCAAGCACUCGUUUCAUGCUCUUUGUAUAGACAUGUGGCUUUACUCUCACUUUGAUUGCCCAAUUUGUAGAACACCUGUUGGGCCCUUUUCCCACCCUUUUCCCGCCGAGAAUUCUCGCAGCCGCAGCGGCAUCUCUGCUUGAGAUUUUGAGGAAUAUGUGGGGGGCCAUCUUUGCCUUAUGGGUACGGUGGACAUUGGCAACUGAAGGACAACUUCAACACCACCACACUUAGCUUAGGUUCCUUACUCCUUUGGACUGACUUAGGUUAUGUUGUGUAGGAAAUUAUUUUAUAUAUAUUAUUUGUUCAAUA